ACUACCACCUUCAUCCUCCAUCAACCCCAUCCCAUGCUGCAUGCACCUUUUCACCAUUACCACUUUCCAAUAUAACUGUCACCUCUUUCUCUCUCUCUCUCACUCUCCACACUUCUAUUUAAUCACCCCCCCCCCACCAAACUCAACCUCUACUCCUGCAUACACCAAACCACAAUGGCUUUCAUCUUCCUCUCUUUCAUCUUCUCCUUCUUCUUCUUCUCCUCUGUUCAUGGCUAUGAUGCUGGCUGGACCAAUGCUCAUGCCACCUUUUAUGGAGGUGGUGAUGCCUCUGGGACAAUGGGUGGAGCUUGUGGGUAUGGUAACUUGUACAGCCAAGGGUAUGGCACAAACACAGCAGCUCUAAGCACAGCUCUGUUCAACAAUGGUCUCAGUUGUGGAGCUUGUUAUGAGCUCAAGUGUGUGAGUGAUUCUAACUGGUGUUUGCCAGGUUCCAUUGUUAUAACUGUUACAAACUUUUGUCCUCCUAAUCCUUCUCUCUCAAACACUGAUGGUGGAUGGUGCAACCCUCCUCUUCACCAUUUUGAUCUCUCCCAACCUGUUUUUCAACACAUUGCUCAGUAUAAAGCAGGGAUUGUCCCUGUUUCUUAUAGAAGAGUUGCAUGUAGGAAGAAAGGAGGGAUAAGGUUCACCAUUAAUGGUCACUCCUAUUUCAACUUGGUGCUGAUUACUAAUGUUGGAGGUGCAGGUGAUGUGCAUGCAGUGAUGAUCAAAGGGUCAAAGACUAAAUGGGAACCCAUGUCUAGAAACUGGGGACAAAACUGGCAGAGCAAUACUUAUCUCAAUGGCCAGGCCUUGUCAUUCAAGGUGACAACCAGUGAUGGUCACUCUGUGACCUCCAUGAAUGUUGCUCCUUCAGGCUGGUCCUUUGGCCAGACCUUCUCUGGUACCCAGUUCCAUUAAGGACAACAAGUAGAAAGACAAAAAGAAGAAGAGCCUCUGUUUUUAAGGAUUGCUCUUCAGUAUUUUCUGGUAUCAGUUGUGUUAGUGUACUAGUUUUAGUAAUAGUAGUUAUUGACUUAUUGUUGCUGUUGUUUGGAAGAGGUGGAUCAUUAGCACCCUCCAAAUGGGAUUGAGUUUAUGAUGUAUGAACUUCAAAGUUCAGUAAUGAAUUAUUUUUGUGGUUUUUGAGAUCUUUCAGUGAGUUAAAGAGAGAUGUUUUGGGAAUUAGAAAGCGUUUGACUGCAUGAAUACUUUGUUGUGUUGUUUGUUUCUAUGUUGGGUGUGUAAAGUUCAUGGGAUGCUGUGAAUUGUUUGC